AUGCACCUUCCCUACCCAAGCAUCUCCAACAACUAUGAGCACGACCCGCUACGGACAGCCCCAAGAGCUCCUCUCACACCCCCGGACCUCCCGGGCUCAGCAGUGAGGGUAGUCUCGCUACCGCCAAACCAGGGUGCUGGGCAUCAGUACGGCUACCAGUUGCCUGCUAUUGGCAACUCCAGAUCAGUGGCAGCACCAAGAAGUCCCAGUCCGCCAAGGCAACAACCACAAGCACAAGAGAUGGCUCAAACACCAAGGAAGAAGUAUUCGAUAUCGCCAAAUCUCAAGAUACCACCAACUAUCAGCACACCACAAGAGGGCCUUCCUCAGCUAGCAGCAGAGGUGACAUGUCUCUUCUGGUUCGAAAGCUCCACAACGCUCAAGCAGGUACUCGAGACUGCCUCGCCACGUCAGCCCAUGCAACCUCUCGUCCCCGACGCACAUCCCACGACUGGAUUCCGGAAAUGGGUAGCAACUAUCUUGACGACUACGCAGGUUGCUCAGAACGUCAUUCUUUUGGCAUUGCUUUUCAUCUACAGGUUGAAGCUGGCCAACCCCACGGUCAAGGGGAAGCCUGGUAGCGAAUACCGCCUACUGACGGUCGCCCUUAUGCUCGGUAACAAAUUCCUCGAUGACAACACAUACACGAACAAAACAUGGGCCGAGGUCUCGGGUAUUUCGGUGCAAGAGGUACACAUCAUGGAGGUCGAAUUCCUUAGCAACAUGCGAUACAGCCUGUUCACAUCAAAGGAGAAGUGGAAUGAGUGGCACGGCAUUCUGGGCAAAUUUGGCACCUUUUUCGAUCGAGCAUCCAAAAUUCCAGCCUCCGGUGCUGUAAGCCCAGUCGGUCCCCAGAACGUGCUCGGCCUACCACAAAGCUAUGCUCCGUCACCACCGACCCAGCAGCAAACGUCUCCACCGACUUCGAUGAUGUACUCUCCAACCCACAUGUCAUUUUCCAAUACCCCUCUUUUGCAACCACAGGCCACGUCCGCCACUGUUUCUCCUAUUGGCGCUCUUCCGGAGCUAGGUCCCAUUCAGCGCAAACGCAGUGCUGAUUACAGCAUCGAGCCCCCAAUGAAGCGACAGGCCCAUGGAUUUGCACCUGGUCCUUACAGCAAUGCACCUUUGAUCCCAACGUUGCAGACGCCUAUCAAUAGGUCAUUCGAGCCACCACCAUCUGUAAACCGACUCCCCCCUCUGCCAAGUCUCUCGAUACCUCCACCCCAGCAGAUGCCACCUACCCAGUUGAAGAACUGGUCCGACCUUCCCUUACCAGUCCCUGGUGGACGAUCCAUGGCCAUGGUCUACCCUCCACCAGUCCAGUGGCAGCAACCGAAUAACACACCAACUUCAUCAGGCCCCCCUCCUUAUACCCACAAUUACACACCUUCUACCGAUCAGUCCCGACAGAUUAGUCCAUAUCCCCAGUCAGCUGGGUCCUCACCCGUGGGCAAUUAUCCGGCAACAGGUUCGAGACAAUUGUCGCCAUCGCAUUUCCUUAACCAGCGCCAGUCUCCUUAUCGACCAGUCCGCAGUGUGCAGACACUACUUGUGCCUCCGCCUUCGACCUCGAUCCAUAAUCCAGCGAGGAACAUCGGAUACGAUCAGAUGCAAUAUCAGCCUUUGGGCCGACCUAUGACUGAUCGCCGCUCUGGCCUCCUGCCGUACAUGGACCGUAGUGCAUGGCCCGAGACGAAUCAGUUUAACCAACUUCCCGUUCCCCAACAACCCAUCUUCCGGUAA